CUCCCUUCUCUCCCCCUCCUGCUCCCCUCUCCCCGGCUCCGCUGCGGGACUCCCCGCCGCCCAUGGACGGCGCGGACAUGGACGUGGACGCGGAGCUCAUGCAGAAGUUCAGCUGCCUGGGCACCGAGGACAAGGACGUCCUCAUCGCAGAGUUCCAGAGGCUGCUGGGCUUCCAGCUCAACCCGGCCGGCUGCGCCUUCUUCCUGGACAUGACCAACUGGAACCUGCAGGCUGCUAUCGGUGCAUAUUAUGACUUUGAAAGUCCCAACGUCAACACGCCUUCCAUGUCCUUUGUUGAGGAUGUGACAAUUGGGGAAGGAGAGUCUGUUCCUCCAGACACACCGUUCACAAAGACCUGGAGAAUACAAAACACAGGUGCAGAGUCGUGGCCACCUGGGGUUUGUCUCAAAUACAUCGGUGGGGAUCAGUUUGGGCAUGUAAACACAGUGAUGGUGAAGUCACUAGAACCCCAGGAAAUAUCAGAUGUGAGCGUGCAGAUGCGAAGUCCCACAGCUCCAGGCAUGUACCAGGGCCAGUGGAGGAUGUGUACAGCCAACGGAUUAUUCUAUGGAGAUGUAAUCUGGGUGAUUCUUAGCGUGGAAGUCGGCGGUCUCCUCGGCGUGACCCAGCAGCUGUCCUCUUUCGAGACGGAGUUCAAUACCCAACCCCAACGCAAUGUGCAGGGAGACUUCAACCCCUUUGCCUCGCCACAGAAGAACAAGCACGACGCCUCUGACGACAGUUUCAGAGACCCUGGCGGAGCGUGGGAACGCACACAGGAGCCAAUCCAGCAAGAUCAAAACGGACUGUCUCAUAAUGCUGUAAAUAGGGCGUCAAAUGGUCUCCAAACCAAUCUUUCUGUGGUGACUUAUGGUCAGGGUAUUCACGGACCCUAUCCAUUUGGACAGAGCUAGAACGACAAAGACUCCCCCCCUCCACCAUAGUGGAUGAUGAGCCCAGCACCCUGGGAGUCCGUAAAUGCAGAGGAGUCAGAGGGGGGGGGAGGAACUGUUGUUUUAUAUUGACUCAUGACAACCUUCUCCUCAACCCCGAGGCCCUUUCCACAGAAACACAAACUACAGUGAGGUGUUGGAUUACAUCCGCUACAGCGAAACAUCCCACCUGACAUCAACACCCGGAUUCGCAUGUGUGAAUGCUUCAUUUAAGAGUGCUAUAAAACCUUAAACAUAGAAACACACGACCAUUUUUUAUUUCCACUGUAAAACACGCCUAAUUAAAAGGGAAAAUCAUCCCUAAACCAUCUACAUACAAAACCCUAAUUUGUCUAUUCUGGGUUCCUACACGGGUCUGGAAAUGUUUGGAAAACUGCUGAGAAUAGUACAGAAUUAAUUAUGAUCAUUAAUCAGUUUGAGGCGUUGAAAAGAGUUUAAGGCUGUCCAGCUUAACACACAAAUUUAUGAAUGAUUUAGGAUGAAAAACAACUAAUAUGACAGCAGGCGUGACCAAACUCUGGAGCAUUGACCAUUCACAAAAUGGUUUCCGGUUUCAACAACAAGUCGGAUGUUGACGCGAACGCUAUUUGAAAAUUAGGAACUGAGAAUUGUGACUACUCCGUGUUCAUUCUGCUUUUACAGAAUCACGUUUAGCAUUAUGUGAAACCUUCCUGGUAUUAUUUUCUUUAUUCAAUUCGACAGCUUUCGCUUAACAAAAUCCUUUAAGAACAGGUCAUGUUUCAAGUAUUUUUUGUAAUGGAGAAUAGUUGGAUUUAUAGCAGAGAGUACUAAACGUUACAACCAAUAUCGGGUUAUGUAUUACAUUUAUCAUUUAACAGUUACUGUAAACAGUGUUCAACUUUUCAGGCCAAAACUGAGCAGUUUUUGAAUUCCCUUAAACCCAAUGCUUAGUCAGGUCAGAUAACACUGUGAACUCGCAUAAACACAAACAACCAGAAAAACAAAACAAUCGUUAUUCUACAUAUUAGACAUUUUUUGACAUAAACUCGCCGUCAGUAACUUUAAAACAUCUAUGAGACAACAUUUAAAAUGAUGUAACACGUUUCGAUUAUUUCUCGUUUGAGUCCAAUAUCUGUGACGUUAAAGUAAAAAAACAAAUCCACGUUUAUCAUGUAAGAAAAAAAGUAUUCAUUUUCAGACAUUAACCAGACACGUAUUGAAUACCACAUUCAAAGAUAUUCAAAAAUAUGGUGGGGGCAAAUAUUCUCCAUUUCCACUAUCACAGAUAGAACAUGGACCAUCCCUGUGUAGGAACCCUGUCACUCCCAAAGAUACAAUCCAGAGAACCAAGACACUAAUCUGUUCUGUCUGCAGGUUUCUCGAUUCAGACAGCAUGGGACGUGUGUGUGUGUGUGUGUGUGUGUGUGUGUGUGUGUGUGCGUGCGUGUGUGUGCGAGUGUGUUUUUUUAAGGGUGGGUUUUCGCUUUAAAUAGAUGCUGAAGCGCAAAAGGAUGCGAGUGAGUUUGAGCAAGUGAGGUGUGAGGAAGGGUUUAAAAAAAAGCCAUCUAAAUCUAUUUUGCCUGGUGAGUGACUGUAGUUUCUGAGUCCAUGUCUACAGUAAGUGUACUAUAAAUAUAUAUAUAUGUAUGUGUGUGUGUGUGUAUGUGCCUGUUAAGUGUGCAUGUAUGUUAUGGUUUCUCUUUGGAUUUAACUGACAUAAAAAUGGUGUAUACUACUUGGGCAAAGGACGACGUGUCUAUUUAGACACACAUCACUAUGUAGAGAGCGUUAUGGGGCGUGUACCUCUGCAGUAUUGUUGAGUGAUUCUGCAUCGUUUGGAUGAACUGACUCACUAAUUGCCCUGUUAUUAUCAUUUUUUUUUGCGGCCUUCUUGUAGACUGCAAAUGCUUUUAAAAAGAAAAGUCCCAUUUACUGCCAGCAGGUGGUGCUAAACAAAAUCAGAUGACCAAUUUAUGCUUUAUAUCAUGCUGAGUACAUUGAAAAGUGACGAGUUGAAGACUAUUUGAAUAUGAAAAUGAAUGGUUUGCUUCAGUUUUUACUAGCACUGAUGUUCUAUUACUGCUAUUUGCACAACACUGUCCCCCUCUUUUGAGGAGGAGAAGUGAUUUUUUUUUUUUCUUUUUGGUUUAUUGAGGAUUGAAAUACCAGCAUUUUCCAGAAAGUUUUGUUGGUUUUGCUUCUCUGCUCCCCUCUAAAGGCCUUUGUUCCUCACAGAUUUACGGUUUUGUUUGCAUUGUGUCAACCACAAAGAUUUAAACGGUAGUUUCAUCACUUCGCUAAUGUCUGAUCCUAAAACUGAAUAUUGAUUUCCGUUUAUAUAUUGAUCACAGUCCCGCUGUUGUUCUGCUAUAAACACACAUGCAUUUUUUUACUUCAGCUUUGCUGCGUUUCGUUCUGUCUGACGGUGCGUUUCAUCGUGUAUUUUGGGGUUGAAAAUGAAUUGGAAAAAAAGUUGUUGUUUUUCGAGGAGGAUAUUUUAAUGUUAUCAAACUUUCUCCUAGUUGUAAUUGUAAACAUAUUGAUGACAUUUGGAGUUCAUUGCUUCUACGAUCAUGUGAACCCGACAGAAAUCCACCAGCAUUCUGUGUUGUGGCGCUGAUGUAUUUGUUUUUGAGAGUCGGCUGAGAGUUCUCCUCCCAAACAGUAUACACUGUUCAGCGUUGCCUCUAUUAGUCACGUCAGUCUUUUUUUAUUUUCUUUCUUUCUGUUUGUGUGUGUGUGUGUGUUUGUGUGUGUGUGUGUGUGCGCGCGCGCUUACUUCUUGUGAGCUUGCUUGUGUGUGUUUUGGUGAGAGAGAGAGAGAGACGGGUGGUGAGAAAUCUGAAUAUUGCUGGAUUCAUUCUCUAGUUUUAGUUUGUGACUAUGUAUGGGUUUGAGAUGGGUGGCAUGGUGAGUGGAUGAGAUGAAAGUUUACAUAGUCCUAAGAUAGCACAUUUAUCUGAAGAGAAACUGUCAAAAUAAAGCUUUUUUUUUUUUUCUCCUGUAUCUAUAAUUAAGCAUUUGUAUGAUUAAAUUAACACUGAAA